AAUUGAAUAGUUCUUUCAGAUACAUAUGUACAUUUCCUACUGAAAGCCAUAGAUUGUAAAAAUUAUUUGGACUCCCUCAGAAUGAACAGCUUUUUAAAAUACAAGAGCCCCUUAUUGUUAUUUCACUUUUCAUGUUGCUUUUAAUCUGGCAUUAAAUGGCUUCACAGUGUUUUCCCUCAGUAUGGUGUAUUGGUUUUUGCUUUGUUUUUCCUUCCUGGUAAUUAGAUAUGGACUGAAGCAAUAGUCACAACUUCUAGCAUUCAUGGGCUUAAGAAGUGGAUCCAUAUCUUAUGUCUGUUCCUGCUCUUACUCACUGAUAAUGCUCACCCAGGAUGCUCUUUCAACAACACCGUCAUAAAAAUCAUCUGUGGUUCCCAUCACUGCACCAUUUCCAUAGUCUAUAAACUGUGGUCAGGGCCAUUUCUUAGCUUCUUCCUAACUGCCACUAAUAUGUGACAGGGAAGAGCAAAAGAGUCUGUUUAAGCUCAUCCACAAGAAUUUCUGGGUUGCUAGCUACUUUUUGCCUUUCGUUUCUUGUUUUUUGCAGUUCUCAGGUAAGUAUUUUUGCAACUAUACAAAAAAAGUUUUAUUUUCUCAAGCUAACAAGCUGUAUGUUUAUUCUUUCAGAAGGGAGGAGCGAAGCAGAUAUUUCUUCAACAAUAAGCUGAAGAAGAGGUCUUUCCAAGCCAGCAGCGAUGGAGUCAAUGGAUGAAACUGAAGGACCGCAAGGACAGCAGAGUGGAAAGGAACAAUCCCGAAAAGCCUCACAGAGAACCCCACAGCCUGGGUGGGCUGCCUGGUGGACUGCACUCAAAUCUGGAGGGAACGUGUGCUUGUUCGCCCUCUCACAGAUAUUGCUUCUCUGCAUGAUGUUAUGGUACAACGGUUACAGGACAUUCCCAACAGCUCAGAAUGCCUUUGACCUAAUGUCAUACUUGCUUAUGCCAUUUGGACAGUUCAUGUCAAAUCCAGGGGUGGAUCUGACAAGAGAUGGGAGUUCUGUGAUGUCAUAUUUCCUGCUAUCUUUAAUUUCUUUAGGACUGUUACUCGUAGGAGCUCUGAUCUGGCAUCUCCUGAAAGCCCAACGGGACCCUGCCUUUCCACUACCAGAGGAUAGGCGCCAGUCUGUGAGCCGCCAGCCUUCCUUCACAUACUCAGAGUGGACAGAGGAUAAAAAUGAAGAUGACUUUCUAGAUCUGGAUCCAGUACCUGAAACACCGGUCUUUGACUGCGUAAUGGACAUCAAAGCAGAGACAGAUCCAACAACUCUAACAGUUAAAUCUGUGGGGUUGCAAGAAAGGAGGGGGUCAAAUGUCUCACUCACAUUGGACAUGUGCACUCCAGGCUGUUCCGAGCAAGGCUUUGGCUACGUCAUGUCCCCAAGAGAACAGUCAGCCCGAGAAUAUCUCCAAACAGCAACAAGCAUCCUUACUGAAGAGGAGCUGCACAAGAAAGCACUAGAUCCUUUCAUACUCCAAGCAGAAUUUUUUGAAAUCCCAAUGAACUUUAUUGAUCCAAAGGAAUAUGAUAUUCCAGGUUUAGUGAGGAAGAAUCGCUACAAAACAAUUCUUCCAAAUCCUCACAGCAGAGUGUGCCUUACCUCAACUGAUCAAGAUGAUCCUCUUAGCUCUUACAUCAAUGCUAACUACAUCAGGGGCUACGGAGGAGAGGAAAAAGUAUAUAUUGCCACUCAGGGACCCAUAGUUAAUACUGUCAGUGAUUUCUGGAGAAUGGUGUGGCAAGAGUGUUCUCCUAUCAUUGUCAUGAUUACCAAUAUAGAAGAGAUGAACGAGAAGUGUACUGAAUACUGGCCAGAAGAUCAGGUCACCUAUGAAGGAAUAGAAAUCACAGUUAACCAUGUCAUACAAGCAGAUGAUUACCGAUUAAGACUCAUUACCCUAAAGAAGGAUGAAGAAGUAAGAACCCUGAAACACUACUGGUACACAUCCUGGCCGGACCAAAAGACACCAGAUCAAGCUCCACCCCUGUUACAGCUGGUGCAGGAAGUGGAAGAGGCCAUGCAGCAUGCAGAACAAAAGAAUGCUCCAGUCAUUGUCCACUGCAGUGCAGGGAUUGGAAGGACAGGCUGCUUCAUUGCCACCAGCAUUUGUUGUAAAGAGUUGAAGAAUGAGGGCAUAGUUGACAUACUGCGAACAACCUGCCAGUUACGACUAGACAGGGGAGGAAUGAUCCAGACUUGUGAACAGUAUCAGUUUGUCCACCAUGUCAUGAGCUUGUAUGGGAAACAGCUCGCUAGAGCAGCAGAAGAAUAAGCAUUCAUGGUAGUCCUAAUGGCUAAACCCAAGUGAACUUCUGACUGGAAUGAGAUAUAUUCCAGAUCUAAUAAGAGACAUAUGGUUACUCAGCCAUCUUAGUUGAAGAUACACAUGCACGCACACACACACACACACACAAACACACACACACACAUAC